AUGGCCGACCCCUCGCUCGACGCGUCUGCAGAGCCUACGCUCCCCGAACUCAACAACAUCCCAUCAUCACCACCGGCAGCAGCUGCAAAGGGAACUAGCAAGCGUUCGGCCCCUUCCCUCCUCCCGGCCUUUGAGCCCCUCUCGUCCUCUCCCGGUCUCCCUCGGCCCCUGAAGCGUCAGAACACCGGCGGCAAUGUCCGUGCCAAGUAUCCCACUCCGCUGCCCACGUCGAGCACGGCCAUCAUGUCCAGCUCGCCCCCUCGCCAGCAGCGUCGUCCCCAGCAGCCCAAGCACCACCGCAGCAGCUCCCGCUCUCCCUUUGUGCGCACGUCGUCCCGUACGGUGGAGCGCGAGCCCCUUUCGGCCCUCCCCACGGUCGACCUCCCCGAGAAUGGCGAGGUGCUCAUGAUGGGACGCUCGUCCAACUCGUCCCACUUCCAGCUCUCGGCCAACCGUCUCGUGUCCCGUGUCCACGUCAAGGCCCGGUACAUCGCCAGCCCUAACAGACCGGACUCUGCCGCGGCCAGCGGUGGCAAGGUGGAGAUUGUGUGCAACGGCUGGAACGGCCUCAAGGUCCACUGCCAGGGCCGCACGUGGGAGCUCCUCAAGGGCGACACCUUCACCAGCGAGACGGAGGGGACCGGCAUCAUGCUCGAGGUCCAGGACUCGCGUGUGCUGAUCCAGUGGCCCAGCCGUCGCGGCGCUUCGGCCGCCGCUGCCUCGGCCGCCGCUCUCGACUCCCUCUCGGACGACUCGGCAUGGGACGACACCAACAUCCUCCCCCAGUCCUCGCCGCCUCUCCGCCGGACACUGCGCAUCCACUCCCCCGAGAGCCCCACGUCCGCCCAUCUGGCCGCCACGUCGUCCCAGCGCCUCCAGGCCCUCUUCCCCUCCAGCAGCAUCGCUGGCGGGAGCAGGAGAGGCUCGCGCGACGACAACAUCCAGAUCUACGAGGAUGAAGAGGAGCAGGUGCAGGACGCCGAGCAGGAGGGUGACGAGGACGGGGACCGCAUGGAUGUCAACACCAGCAUGUGCACCGACAUCACCGCCAGCUUCUCCAGCGAGCUCAGCGACCCUGCCUCGGACGACGGGGGCCACGAGGACCCCGACGAGGAGAACGACCCCAUCGUCCACUCGUUCGGCCCCUUUGGCGCCGACAUUUCCGGCCGCCUCGCCUCCAUCAUGUCCGGAUCCCCCGAGGCCAAGGGCUCUCCGGCCUCUCGUGCUGCUCAGCGGACCCGCCGUGACUCGGAAACGUCCCUCACCCCGCUGAGGGACGAGACUCCCUCGCCUCCCUCGCCCUCGCCCGUCAGGAGGAAGCAGCAGAAGAAGGCUGGGUCCGAGAAGGAGGGGCAGAAGGAGAGCAGGAAGACGGUCAAGCAGGAGGAGGAGGAGGAGCAGGAUGAGAAGCCCGCGGCACCCCCCGUCGACGCCUCGAUCGUCAACCACGCCAUCAACCAGCUCGCCUUCUCCCGUCUGUCGUCCACCCCGCUCUCGACCAUCAUGCAGCACCUCCCCGCCGAUGCCAAGGUGGGACUCACCCGUCCCUCCCUCCUGGCCGCCAUCGAGUCGACGGCCUGCAUCGGCAUCAUCGAGCGUCAGGGUAAAGACGCCGCCGGAGAGGCCCUCGAGAGCGAAUACUACUACGUGCCCGAGCGUGACACGGAUGAGUCGCGCAGGGCUGCCGUGGUGGACGGUCUACGGAAGCCUACUCUUCGUAACUGCAGGAAGCAGCACAAGCAAUACUACUGGAAGCGUCCGCGUACGCCUUAG